AUGAGUGCAGACAGUAUUGGAAACGUACGACAGCAAAUCGCAAAUGGAAGUUUUUUCCCUUGUCGACGUCCCGAUUUGCGUAUGGCAUUGCUUGAAAACAAUCAGAAAUAUGACUUCUAUGGUGUAUUCGAUAUACAGGUAUUGUUUGGUUCAGUAGAAGCUCGUGGAUACAACUUCGAAUCGAGUGCCUAUAAUGAGAAGAAGUUCAUCUCGAUAUGCGCGCCUUAUGUAAUGGGACCUCCUAUUGUUAUUUCGACGAAGUCUUCUGAAAACACUUUCAAUGUGAAUCGUUUGAAAUGGCGCAUACAAGAGGUAUCUGAUGCAUCAGUGGAACUACUGGAUUUAUACAAGGGUGGUGAUGCAAUUGUAUUACUACGAUUCCAUAUUCCAAAAGCAGCGUUGUGUGUGAGGAAUUUAUAUGAUGUUAAGUUCUUUGUACCUUCAUCUGGUGACUAUUUGAUGUUGGAGACUUUAUGUUGUGUAUCAAAGUCGAGAUCAAGGAAAGUACUCGAAAACGAACAUUUAUCGAGUGUUGUCAACUACUUGAAAAAGAGGCGAAGUGAGUUGCCGUAUCCUUUUGUUGCAUUCAGUACAUUAAUUUGUUUAAUCAUGAGCUAA